CCGGCCCUCCACAACUUCCUCUCAUUUUUCUUCAGGAUGAAUCCAGCAGAAGGGGCUUCUCUCAGCUAAACACCUACCGUGGAGUAUCGAACAGGCUACUUUCCAUUAACGUUCUUUAACUUAAUUAGGAGCAACUGGAUAUCUUUCAUAGCCAAAAUUUGCUGACUGCAUUGUCUACAAUUAAGAUCAAGAUAAUCUCAGAUCUUCUUCGAUCAAGGAAACUCAAGUGUGAUAACUUGGAACUUUAAUUUUGAAUCACAUAUCCCUUUUGUUUGGAUUCUCUGUUAACGGGAUUCAGAUGCGUUAGUGCGAGAAUGACCGGCAACUGGAUACAAUUCCUGGCGUUAGCGCUGUUUAUCAGCGCGCAGCCAAUCUGCGGCAUCCCCCGGGCAGAGGGCCACUUUGGCCCCGGUGACAGCGCCUCCACUCUGGCCUUCGUCUUUGAUGUAACCGGCUCCAUGUACGACGACCUCAAACAAGUGAUUGAAGGCGCAUCUCGGAUUCUGGAGAAGACUUUAAAUCGGAGGACAAAGCCCAUCAAGAAUUUUGUCUUGGUACCUUUCCAUGAUCCAGACAUCGGCCCUGUGUCCAUCACCACUGACCCUAAGAAGUUCCAGAGGGACCUUCAGGAUCUGUUUGUUCAGGGUGGAGGGGACUGUCCAGAGAUGAGUAUAGGGGCCAUUAAGAAGGCUCUGGAGGUCUCGCUGCCCGGUUCCUUCAUCUACGUGUUCACAGACGCCCGUGCCAAAGACUACCGCCUCAAACGCGACGUCUUGCAGCUGGUGCAGCUUCGCCAGUCUCAGGUGGUGUUUGUGCUGACUGGAGACUGCGGUGACCGCACCCAGCCGGGGUACAGGGCCUACGAGGAGAUCGCCGCCACCAGCUCCGGACAGAUCUUCCACCUGGACAAGCAACAGGUCAACGAGGUACUGAAAUGGGUGGAGGAGACGGUCCAAUCCAUGAAGGUCCACCUGCUCUCCUCAGACCAUGAGCAUGCCGAGGAGAACACGUGGGAUCUGCCCUUUGACCCCAGCCUCAAAGAGGUCACCGUGUCGCUCAGCGGCCCAGCGCCCCUCAUCGAACUCCGAGACCCCUUCGGUCACAUGGUGGGUGAACACCAGGGGCUGACGGAACUCCUGAAUAUCCCGAACUCUGCCCGAGUGGUCAACUUGAAGAACCCACGACCAGGUGCAUGGACACUAAAGGUUGGCUGUGCUGGGCGACACACACUCCGUGUGACUGGUGUCAGUAACCUGGACUUCAGAGCAGGAUUCUCCAGUGUCCCUGUCUCCGAGUUCAACCACACCCGGGAGAGGCCCAUCAAAGGUCUGCCCACCCACGUGCUGCUGAAGUGUUCAGGGCUGACCCCCCCCGGCCUGAUCACACACACGGAGCUGGUGUCGGCGGGGGGGCGUUCUCUCCGCACCCUCCCUGUGCCCCUGCCAGCUGACCGCGGCUCUGGCGGCCUCUGGAGCGUCCCCGAGUUCCGCUCGCCCUCCCAGAGCUUCUUCAUGAAGGUGUGCGGGAAAGACGCCGACGGAUUCCCCUUCCAACGGCUCUCCACCGUGUCCUACACAAACAUUAUCCCAGUGCCCCCCUCAGUGAGUAUGCCUGCGGUGGUGCGUGGAUACUACAUGCAGCCUGCACUGCUGAGCUGCUCUGUGGACAGCGAUGUUCCUUUCCGUCUCCGUUUCACCCGCGAUGGAGUCACGCUGGGACAGGAGCAGCCCUUCCAGUCCUCUGGCAAAGCAUCAUGGGAAAUCCCCCACGCGUCCGGCAACGAUGAGGGCUUUUACGAGUGUGUGGCCCAGAGUAGCGCUGGCACAGGGCGAGCCAUCACACAACUCACAGUCACAGAGUUUCAGUGUUAAGGCUCAAGUAGGAACGUGGCCGGGUGCCGGGUGGGGCGUGGGUUUCUGCUGCGCUGCCAGGUGGACGGCUCCAUGCGCCACAACCUCACCUGGCUGCGCUCCGGCCACGUCCUUGCCCAGCGCUCCGGACGCGUCCGCCAGCGACCCGACGCCUCGCUGGAGAUCAGCGCCGUGACAACGCAGGACGCAGGGCAGUACCAGUGCGUGGCCACCAACUCCCACGGAGACAGUCGCAUCAACGUCUGGCUGCUGGUGCCAGAGGCCCCGCGUGUGGAGGUGACACCCCAGACGCAGAGCUUCACGCUGGGCUCAGAGGUGACCCUCUCCUGCUCCGCCUCUGGGUCUCCUCCACCAAAGCUCUUCUGGAGCCACGGGAACAUAUUCAUCAGCCGCAACCACAGGAUGACCAUAUCGGAGCGCGGGACCCUCACCAUCAGACACGCCAUCGCAGAGGAUGCUGGGAACUACACGUGCCUCGCCACCAACGAGGCUGGCACUGCCAGUCAAUCCACCUACCUCACCUUCGCAGAGAAGCCCAGGGUGUCUGCGGUGCGGUCUACUGUGCUGGUGGAGUCGGGGGGGGAUGCCACCCUCCAGUGCAGCGCCAGCGGGAACCCCCCACCUCUCAUCCACUGGUACAAAGGUGAUCUGGACCUGGGUGAGGUGGCGUUUGCGGAGCAGGAUGUGCAGAGCGGUGAGCUGCGGAUCAGAGGAGUGCAGGGGCUGGACGCGGGGCAGUACACCUGUGUGGCCAGCAGCUCCGCAGGGACCACCUCAGCAUCCGUGCACCUGGAGGUCGGAGUUGCCCCCCAGUUCUCCGAGGCUCCUCUGGACAUGGCAGUGGACGUGGGGGAGAAUGUGACCCUGCUGUGUGUCGCCCGCGGAGUCCCGGUCCCCACGGUAACGUGGCGCCGUGGAGACGGCCGUCUCAUCUCUACCAAACCAGGCGCCCACGGCAACGACCUGCAGCUGGCAUCCAGAGCUCUGCACAUCCAGAGUGUGUGGCUGGAUGAUGAAGGCGUGUACAUCUGUGAGGCUGAGAACCCGUUUGGAUCCAUCAGAACCGAAGCCAGAGUCUCUGUCACUGGUGUGGUACCCCCGCUACUGGCUCAGGUCGCUCCAGUCAGCACCACCGUGAUUGGUCAGUCCCUGACUAUUCCUUGCAUGCUAUUGGACGGCGUGCCACUUCCUGAAAGAGUCUGGACACAUAAUGGACAACAGAUGGAGUUCAGUAGUCGGGUGUUCCUCCGCAGUGACGGCAGUCUGCACGUGGAGAGGGCCGCUGCAGAGGAUUCUGGGACUUAUGUGUGUACUGCCAUAAAUGUGGCCGGAUCUGCCAACAUCUCAGUCAGCCUGGAGGUUCAUGUGCCUCCAGAGAUCAACCAAGGGCCUGUGCACUACAUAGCCAACGAGGGCGUGGGCAUCUCCCUAUCCUGUGUGGCCAGAGGAGUGCCACUGCCCACCCUGCUGUGGGCCAAGGGCAGAGACCCCAUGCCCCCGCAGGGUUUGGCGCUGCGCUGGGACCCCGAUGGUGAGCUCCACAUCCCGAGCCCCACGGCGCAGGACGCAGGGGUGUACGUCUGCACCGCCACCAGCCCCGCGGGUUACGCCAGCCGAGAAGUGCAGCUCAGCGUCAACACGAAGCCCAAAAUAGCCGGAGUGGACGAGCAGCAAAAGCCAGUCAAGAUGGCCGCCGAGGUGGGGUCAGAGGUCAUCCUGCCGUGUGAGGUGGAGGGCAGCCCGACCCCAUCGGUGACCUGGGCGGGCAGCCACCCCAUCCCUCCUGUCACUGCCUGGUUCACUGUCCUUCCAUCUGGCUCUCUGAAGAUCACUGAUGUCCGUGUGAUUGACAGCAAGCUGUACACCUGCUCUGCAGCCAACCCAGCUGGCAACGUGUCCCUCACCUACAAUUUACAUGUUCAAGCGAAACCCCGGAUCCAGGCAGCGCCCUCAUCGCUGAAGGCCCUGGUUGGCCAGACGGUGGUUCUGCCGUGUGUGGUUCAGGGGGAACCCAGGCCGGAGAUCACCUGGUUCCAUGACGGGAAAGUGGUGGGACACCAGAACACGUUCAAGAUCGCGGCAGUCACACACUCGCACAGUGGAACGUACAGCUGUGUGGCCAAGAACAGCGCUGGCGAGGAGUCCAUACACACCACCCUGGAGGUGCUAGAGGCCCCUCACUUUGGAGAGACGGGAGAGGUCAUCAUCGAGAAGGUCGCCCUCAGCCCAGUCACCAUCCCCUGCCCUGCCAGAGGUUCUCCUCAGCCUAAGGUGCGCUGGUUUAAAAAUGGCCUGGAAGUCCACCGCAGCCAAUCAGAGCUGGGCAUCAGCAUCACCCCGGAGGGCUCGCUGCUGAUUGGCUCCCUGUCUGCCAGUCACAGUGCAGACUUUAAGUGUGUGGCCACCAACGAGGCCGGGUCGGUGGAGAGGAAGACCCGGCUGAAAGUUAUCGUCCCCCCAGAGAUCCAGGAUGAUGGGCAGCCCCUGAACCUGACAGUGACCCAGAGGCAGCCUCUCACGCUGGGCUGCGACGCCUUCGGCAUCCCCUCACCCUCCAUCACCUGGACCAAAGACGGGCAACAGGUGGUGCAGACCCCGGGAGUGUACCUGCAGAAUGGGAACAGACUCUUGCGGAUCUAUCGGGUCCAGCCGGAACACGCUGGCCGGUUCUCCUGUAAGGCGCAGAACCCGGCAGGGGAGACACGCAGGGACUACAACAUAAACGUGCAAGCUCCCCCUGUAAUCUCAGGUUCUGGAGGGGUGCAGGAUGUAUCUGUGGUGGUUGACCAACAGGUGGAGAUGCAGUGUCGUGUGAGUGGGAAGCCCCUGCCCAAAGUGGAGUGGACUCGUGACGGAGAGGUCCUGUCUCGUAGCGGUGACCCCCAUGUUGAGUUCCUGGAGGAAGGGCAGGUGCUGCGGGUCAAGUCGGUACAUCUGAGAGACCAGGGCCUCUACCAGUGUGUGGCAAGCAACAACGCCGGUGCCCAGACACGCCAGUUCAGACUCACUGUCCAGGAGGCUCCAUCCAUCAGGGGCUCGGAGGAGCCAGAGGAGGUGUCGGUGGUGCUGGGCUUCCCCGUGGUGCUGCGCUGUGAGGCUGAGGGGGCGCCGCGGCCCAGCAUCACCUGGCUGAGGGACAGCUUGCCCCUGGUGUCCAGCCCCCAGACCACUUACCUGCGAGGGGGGCAGGAGCUGCGCCUGGGGGCUACCCGGGCCGACGACGCGGGGUCCUACACCUGCCGUGCCACCAACCCGGCCGGCACCGCACACCGCCACUACACGCUCAGCAUUCUGGUUCCUCCUCAGAUUGAAGGAGGGGACUCUGUGUCGGUGAUGUUUGGCCACAGGGAGGAGAAAGUCCGCAUCAACGGAACUCUGCUGCUGUCCUGCCUGGCCAAAGCCUUCCCCGAGCCCAUCACCCAGUGGUUCAAAGAUGGACAGAUGGUGAGGGGGGCGUCUCACCCCGGGCUGCGUGCAGAUGGUCACCUGCUGCACCUUGAGAAUGCUGCACUGACUCACGAGGGACAGUACACCUGUGUGGUCACUAACCCAGCAGGAGAGGACAAGAGGGACUUCGUCACCAUACAGGUACCCCCCAUCUUCCAGCGCGUGAGUAACGGUGUGGCAGGCUGGUCGCUGGGUGAGGAUGAUGAUGAUGAAGGUGAUGUGAUGACGGAGCAGAGGGAGGUGGUGCUAGGUCAUCCAGUCUCCCUGACCUGCGAAAGCAACGCCAUCCCCCCACCCCUGCUCAGCUGGUACCGGCACGGACGCAAACUCACCAGCGCCGACGGAGUCGUACUGCUACCAGGGGGUCAGACACUGCAGAUCCCUCGUGUCCAGCUAGAGGAUGCUGGGAAAUAUACGUGUCAGGCGGUAAACGAGGCAGGAGAGGACCGCAUGCACUUUGACCUGGAAGUACUGGUUGCCCCGGUGAUCUCGAGCCAAUCGGAUGAGUUUGUGGAGGAGGUGAGCGAGGUGGUGAACAGCACGGUGGUUCUGCGGUGUGACGCCACAGGAAACCCGCCGCCUGCCAUCUCCUGGCUCAGGGACGGCCGACCGCUCUUCAGCGGAGACCAUCACCAGAUCCUGGAGGACGGAGCAGCACUGGAGCUCCUGGGCGUGCAGGUGUCGGACAUGGCCGGGUACCUGUGUGUGGCAGAGAGGAACAAGAUUAGGCCAUUGGAGAAGCUCUUUAGCCUGUCUGCAAUUGCCGAGGUGAUGAUUAUUGAAGGGCGAGUGAGUGUGGUGGAGGUCAUGGUGUCUUGCUAUCACGAUGUCCGUGAUACCCCACACGAGAUCACCUGGACACGAGACGGACAGCUGCUCCAGUUCAGUACCGGAAUGCACAUACUACCAGGUACACCGAUGCUUCAGCUUCCCGCGAGCUGCCGUAAGGAGGGCGGCUGGUGGUAUGUUGCAGCCACGAAUUCAGCGUCAAGAUCGAAGAGCAUCCUGCUCAAUAUCUACAUUCUCCCGUCCCUGGUGCCCCGCCCUGAGUAUGAGUCAGAGGUCAUGACCCCUCAUGUGGGGUCAACGGUGUCUCUCAGCUGCGAGGCUCAGGGCACACCAGAACCCGAGGUCACAUGGUACCACAACGGACUCCAGCUCACCCCCGGCAACGGCCUCAAGAUAGAGCGCCACCGCCUGGACAUUCAGGGAAUACAGGUGGCUGACGGGGGGCUGUACACCUGUAAGGUGUCGAACGUAGCUGGCCAUGUGGACCGCACCUUCAGAGUCACGGUACACGUGCCCCCAGUGCUGGAGGGUCCUCUCCACGAGUCCGUCACCCAGACGCUGGGUACCCACGUCACCCUGCUGUGUGAGGCCACCGGCGUUCCUGUCCCCAGCGUCACAUGGCUCAAAGACGGCACUCCCAUUGAGAGCAGUCUGCAGUGGCAGUGGUCAGUUCGGGGCAGCAGGUUGGAGCUGGGUCCUCUGCAGCUCUCCCACGGCGGCACCUACACCUGCGUGGCCAAAAACAACGAGGGACAGACACAGAAGGACUAUGCACUCACUGUACAAGUGUCACCCACCAUCCUGGAUUCGGGGCGUCCGUCUGACGUGAGCGGGCCUGUGGGGGAGCAGCUGACCCUGGAGUGCCGAGUGAUGGGAACCCCGACACCGCAGGUCAGCUGGCUCAAGGACGGUGUCACGCUGGACGGCUCGGACGCAGGACACCUCAGUAUCUCACCAGAUGGGGGCGCCCUGACUCUACUGAGCCUGCGUCCAGAGGACUCUGGGACAUACACCUGCCUGGCAGUGAGCCCAGCUGGACAGGAGAGCAAGAUCUACUCCCUCUUCGUCAUGGUGCCCCCGUCCAUCAGCGGUGAGAGCAGCAGCCCGCGUGAGCUGCAGGCCACGCAGAACAGCGUGGUCACCCUGGAGUGCCAGACGUCGGGGAACCCGCCGCCCCAGAUCAGCUGGCUCAAGAACGGCCGCCCACUAGCCCUGUCCUCGCGCACACGACUCCUCAGCAGAGACUCUGUAGUCAGGAUCUCUCCGGUGCAGCUCUCUGAUGCUGGAGUGUACACCUGUGUGGCCCGCAGUCGAGCUGGUCAGGACGAACUCAACUUUGACCUGCAGGUUCAAGUCCCUCCAGGUGUGGACCAUGUGGAGCCCAUGGAGCAGGUGACGGUGGUGUCGGGGUCCCAGGUGACGCUCACCUGCGAGGCGCGUGGCGUGCCCCCGCCCACUCUCACCUGGCUGAAGGACGGUCAGCCGCUGUCUCUGCAGCGGAACCUGCUGCUGGACGGUCAGGAGACGCGCCUCCAGCUGCCACUCGUGGGAUUGGCCGACGCCGGACUGUACAGCUGCGUCGCUUCCAACCAGGCCGGGUCCAGCACCAAGACCUUCAACCUCACCGUCCUGGAACCCCCGCGUAUCUCCGGCUCGUCGUCCCCUGAGGAGAUGCUGGUGGCGGUGGACAGUGUGCUGGAGCUGGAGUGUGUGGCCGAGGGGCUCCCCCCUCCCUCCCUGAGCUGGCUGAAGGACGGCCAGCCCCUGGGGGAGAGAUCUGACCUCAUCCAGAGGGGGGGGCAGCUCCUCAGGAUCAAUAAAGUACAGGUGGAGGAUGCUGGCCUCUACACCUGUCUGGCCUCAAGUCCAGCUGGAGAGGACGGUAGAAAUCACUGGGUUCGAGUCCAAGUUCCGCCCAACCUCCUCGGCUCGGAUGAUGUCAGAGUGGUCUCCGUCCCGAAAAAAGGUCACCUGACCCUGGAGUGCCAGACGGAGGGAGACCCGCCUCCCAUGAUCGAGUGGUACAAGGACGACGCCAAACUGCAGCCGGGCGGUCGUAUCCAGAGCAUCGCUGGCGGUCAGAUUCUGGAGAUUGCGGACGUGCGGUCGGAGGACAGUGGCCAGUAUAGCUGCAUGGUGACCAACAUCGCCGGAAGCUCCAGCCUCUUCUUCACCGUGGAGAUCUUAUUGCCUCCGGUCAUCAGAGAGGGCAGCUCAGUGGUCACAGCACAUGUCAAUCAGGAUGCUGUCCUACCGUGCGAGGUGCAGGGCGGGACGUCUCCGUCUGUGAUCUGGAGGAGGGACAGUGGUCCACUGGCGCUAGGCAAUGGCAGGUACACCCUGUUGUCCGAGGGCUCUCUGCGUAUUGAGUCUGUCCAGGUGGCUGACGCAGGCAGGUACUACUGCACCGUCUCCAAUGCAGCAGGCUCGGACCACAGAGGCAUGGACCUCAGAGUGUUUGUUGGCCCCUCCAUCAGUGCGGGGCCGCUGAAUGUGACGGUGACGUCGGGCCAGCGGGCAGUCUUGAGCUGCGAGGCCACAGGUGCACCUGCUCCCACGGUCACCUGGAGGAGGAACGGAGCGCCGCUCAACACCGACCUCCCCUCAGGGACCUACAGACUGCUGUCCUCUGGUUCUCUGGUCCUGCUGGCGCCCUCUGAGGACGAUGAAGGCUACUUCGAGUGUGUGGCCGAGAACGAGGCUGGAGAGGAACGCAGGGUCAUCGAGGUCAUUCUCCAAGUCCCCCCGACCAUCGAGGAUGAUGUCACCACCGUCACGGCGAUUAAGAUGUCUCCCGUGGUUCUGCCCUGCCAGGCAACGGGCCGUCCAGAACCAACUGUCAGCUGGACCAAGAGCGGCGCCCAGCUGGGUUCCCGGGGGGGUAGUCACCGGGUCCUGCCCACGGGUGCUCUGGAGAUCACUGCUAGUCUCCCAAGCCAUGCAGGGAGGUACACCUGUGCAGCCCGCAACCCUGCAGGCGUGGCCUACAAACAUGUCACUCUCAGCGUGCAAGAGCCUCCAGAGGUCAGACCCAUGGCCGAGGAAGUCCAGGUGGUGCUGCACCAGGGUGUCGUCCUGCCCUGUGAUGUCACAGGCUUCCCCCGACCCUCCAUCACCUGGCAGAGGGAGGGCGUUCCUCUGGCAACCGGGCACCGGAUGGCUCUUCUGUCCAAUGGAGCCCUCAAGUUCUCUCGGGUUACCCUGGGCGAUGCCGGAACCUACCAGUGCCUGGCUCAGAACGCAGCUGGCACUGCCGUGGGUAGAAUCCGCCUGGUUCUGCAAGUGCCCCCGGUGUUGAGUGUUCCGCGGUCGGAGUACUCCGCUGUGCUGGGCCAGCUGGCCAGCCUGGAGUGUGGUGCGGACGGGCAGCCUCCCCCCGAGGUGAGCUGGCACAGGGACCGGCGCCCCCUGGUGGAUGGCACACACCUGCGUGUCUUCGCCAACGGAACCCUGCGCAUCACGGCCGUCCAGCGCGGUGACGCGGGUCUCUACACCUGCUCCGCCCACAACACCGCGGGCAGGGCCAGCCAUGACAUCAGACUCAUCGUCCAGAUCCCGCCCAUGAUUCCUGUUGGCCAGUCGGAACUGUCAGUCAUCCAGGGUUUCCAGGCACUGUUGCCAUGCGCCGCUCAGGGUCAGCCGGAACCUCGGGUCACCUGGGAGAAGGGCGGGCUCCUGGUGCCCAACCUCCCGGGAAAAUUCACCACGCUCCGCUCAGGAGAACUCAUCAUCGAGAGGGCUGAGCCUGGCGACGCAGGUGUGUUUACCUGUGUGGCCACCAACGCCGCCGGCUCCACUCGACAGGACAUCCAGCUGUCGGUCAACAUGCGGCCCGCCUUCAAAGAGCUGCCCGGAGACGUUACUCUCAACCGAGGGCAGCCGCUCAGCCUGUCCUGCCACGCCCAGGGCACACCUACACCCAGCAUCACCUGGACAUUCAACAACAGCCCGCUUACAGGGGUGACCGUGGACGAGUCAGGCCGCAGCUCGCUGCUUGUUGAGAAUGUGACGACGGCCGAUGCGGGCACAUACGUCUGCGUGGCGGAGAACAGCGUGGGCAGCACACGGGCACUGUCCUUCGUGCGGGUCAGAGAGCCCCCGUUGCUGCGCGGUGAGGCCCACACGUCCCAGCUGGUACCACAGGGUGGGGUGGCGCUGCUGGACUGCGCUGUGCGAGGUGACCCAGUACCCGCACUACGCUGGUUCCGAGAUGGACGGCCGCUCCUGGGUUCGCUGCGACUCCACCCCCUACGCAACGGCUCAUUGGCCAUCUACAGCGUCACGAGUGGAGACUCUGGGGAGUAUCGGUGUGUAGCAGAGAGUGAGGCUGGUGUGGCGGAGAGGACCAUCUCUCUCAAAGUUCAAAUCCCUGGAGGAUACUCCAACUGGCAGUCCUGGAGCCCUUGUAGUGUCAGCUGUGGGCGGGGCAUCCAGGAGCGAAUCAGAUUGUGCAACAACCCAGCUCCUGCCAAUGGUGGGCCUCCAUGUGAGGGCCCCAGUGUGGACUCCAAAGCAUGCCAGGCUUCUUUGUGUCCAGGGGAGUCUCCUCGGCGUGCGCGGGGCAGUUUGAUCGGCAUGGUGAAUGAGCGGGAGUUUGGCGUGGCCUUCCUGGAGGCCAACAUCACAGAGAACCCUGAGGAGGGCACCAGCACUCUGGAGGCCCACGUGGACAACAUCCCCCCCAGCGUGGGUCCUCUCCUGCGUGUGCUAGUCUCUGUGUUCGCCCCCAUCUACUGGACAACGGUGCACCAGACGGAGGAGACUCUGAACGGCUACUCCCAGACUCAGGGCAACUUCAGACAGGAAUCCCAGCUGGAGUUCGAUACUGAUGGUGAUGGAGAGUCCUGCCCCAAUGGGUUUGUGCUGGAUACAGCUUCAUACUGUACUGAUGGUGAUGGAGAGUCCUGCCCCAAUGGGUUUGUGCUGGAUACAGCUUCAUACUGUACUGAUGGUGAUGGAGAGUCCUGCCCCAAUGGGUUUGUGCUGGAUACAGCUUCAUACUGUACUGAUGGUGAUGGAGAGUCCUGCCCCAAUGGGUUUGUGCUGGAUACAGCUUCAUACUGUACUGAUGGUGAUGGAGAGUCCUGCCCCAAUGGGUUUGUGCUGGAUACAGCUUCAUACUGUACUGUGUGCUGUUUGAACACCGUGGGCACCUACCGGUGCCAGGCCCGCUGCGGACCCGGCUUCAAGCCCAGCCUCUCCGGGACCGGCUGCGAGGAUGUGGAUGAGUGUAAGGAGUCAGCGGUGUCGCCAUGCCAACACCAGUGUCUCAACACACUGGGCUCGUACCGCUGCGCCUGUCACACUGGGUACCAGAUGUCUGGUCAUCGUUGUCUAGACAUCAAUGAGUGCAUGAGAAACGUGUGUCCAGCUAAUCAGCAGUGUCGGAACACGGAAGGCGGGUACCAGUGCUUUGACAGCUGCCCCGCUGGCAUGACAACAACCGAGGAAGGCUCAUGCACGGACAUUGAUGAGUGUCAGGACGGCAGUCACAUGUGCCGGUACAGCCAGAUCUGCCAGAACACAGUGGGAGGCUACGGGUGUGUGUGUCCCAGAGGCUACAGCUCACAGGGGGUCGGCCGCCCAUGCCUUGACAUCGAUGAGUGCCUGCAGAACCCCAGCCCUUGCGCCCACCAGUGCCGGAACGUUCCGGGCAGCUUCCGGUGCCUGUGCCCGCCUGGCACGGUGCUGCUGGGCGACGGGCGCUCGUGCGCGGGGCUGGAGCGCGGGCACACGCUUCGGAACGGCACGCGGGUACGGGUGCCCCUGCGGCCCCAGCUGGUGUCCACGCUGGGCAGACCCUACCUGCCCAGGCUGGCACAGGUGCCCGAGCGCCAGCACAGCUCACGGAGCCCGCGGCACGGAUGCCCAGCCGGCUACACCAGCGAGGACGGCACCUGCGUGGACAUUGAUGAGUGUGCCCAGAGGAAGCCAUGCCAACAUGAGUGCAGGAACACUGUGGGUAGCUACCGCUGCCAGUGCCCGCCCGGGUACCAACUUAUGCCCAACGGACGCACCUGCAAAGACAUCGAUGAGUGUGCGGUCCAAGGGGUCCAGUGUGGACUCAAUCAGAUGUGCUUUAACACACGCGGAGGAUACCAGUGCCUGGACACACCCUGCCCUGCUUCCUACCACCGUGGGGGAACCCCAGGGACGUGCUACCGUCCGUGCUCGCGUCUGGACUGCGCUGCUGGCGGCUCCCCCCUGCUGCUGCAGUACAAGCUGCUGACCCUCCCCCUGGGCAUCCCGUCCAGCCACAGCGUGGUGCGUCUGUCCGCCUUCUCCGAGUCGGGCACGCUGCAGGAGCGCACGUCCUUCCGGCUGCUGGAGCAGAGCGCAGAGGACGGCGGACCGGCCUUCGGCGUCCGUGACGAGGGCGGGAGGGGCAUCAUCUUCACGCUGCGCCCGCUGGAGCGGCCGGGACUGGUCAAGCUCAGGGUGCAGGCCACUACGCUGUCGGAGCAGGGCCGCGUCACCUACCAGAGCAUCUUCAUCAUCUACAUCUCCAUCUCCACUUACCCCUACUAAACACACACACACACACAUACGGACACAAAGAGAGGCAUGGAUACAAAAAGCCUUACUGAACUGCCACACA